CGAUAACAAUUAUGAACGGAUUUUCAAACCUAGAUGCAUAUUCUAGUGUUAGAUGUCCACGUACUCACCUCGAUUCGUUCCAUUAAAUUCAAAGGGUCUCCCAAAUGUCGUCAUCGGAAUCAAUCGUCAAGCUGCAAACAGGCCAAAUCGCUACCCGACUGAUUGCUACUGCACAGAACUUCUGUUGCUGCCCAAUUGACUCUGGAGUACCGUUUUUGCUGUCCGAGGUUGGUCAGCCACAAUUGCCAACGUUCAGCCCUUAUCCUUUCUACCCUGUACACCCCCACUGGGAACACACCAUCUACCACGGCCGACACUGGGCCUUCUGCACCGCUGCCGCCGCCGCUUCAGUACCACCACCGAUGAUGCUUCAGCAACCCCCACCGUCGAAAGCCCCGCCAUCGCAGCGCCCGCCGUCGCAGCCCCCGGCAUCCUCUCGCCGUGACGCCGUCAAAGGCCCCGCCGUCGCAGCCCCUGGCAUCCUCUCGCCGUGACGCCGUCGAAGGCCCCGCCAUCGUAGCCCCUGACAUCCUCUCGCCGUCGCAGCCAUAGAUCUAUUUCCACCUCAGAUCUUGAAAAUCAACAUCCCAUCUCAGAUCUUGAAAAAAUUAAAAAAAUUUGUGACUG